CGGCUACGCCGCGUGCUGCAAAGGCGGCAACAUCAAAUGCACCACCGUCCGCUCUGCAUCUGGUGGUCAUGCGGUCGGUGCCAGAUCUACUGUCCAGUGUCCGGCUGGUCAGGUCAUGACGGGAUGCAAUGUGUACACGCCCGACGCUAAAGCUGCCGGGGCCUUUAUUGAGAGUAAGUGUAUUUACCUGAAGCAGAUAGCAACGUUGAAGUGUUGUAUGUUUACAACGUGAUGGGUAGAGCGUGCGCUUAUGUAAGGUGUGUUGUGAUGAAUAAUGUUGAUGGUAUUUUAACAAUAGGUAGCAAUAUAACAGUAACUGAUCAAUCUGUAUCAAUAGGUAACAUAUAACACUAACUAACACAACAGACACAAUAGGAGGCAAUUCAUUAAGUAGUUUCAGACGCCCACUAUCAGGGAUUUAAAUUUGAUAAUUUGUAACCAUUAAAAUUAAAUUAUUGAAAUAGGGGCCGACCGAAUAUCGGAUUUGAUUUCGGCGCACAAAGUUGCCAUAUGAUCCAUUUGGGCGGAGUUUCGGUCAAUCAGAAAAGUUAACUUUAAUCAUAUGUAUAUAAACUAGAAGAUAUGACCCGAUGUUGACUGGAGGAUGAUGAAAAAAAAAAUUAGCGCAGCUUUCUCCCUGCUACUGCGAAGUCUCAACAUCUAACCUUCAAAUUUUUACUUACGUAACAGAACAAGGGUUGGAUGUGUUGUAUCCUCAAAAGAAUGAUCAUAAUUAAUAAAAAACGACAAUUCGUGAAAGUAUAUUUAGGAAAUAGAUAGUCGAGUUUCUUGGUUUUAAAAGGAGUAUGCAUAGAUUUUUACGUUUCUAACAUCAUUUAGUUUUGAGAAAUGUUAAACUUCUAUAUAUAAUUUAGACACACCCAACCCAUUUUCACAACACUGGAGUAAGAAUUUUUUCUUCUUCUAAAAUUGUAAAAAGAAUUUACAACCAGCAAAUCUAUAGAGUUUUUACUAUUUUUAAUAACUGUAACCUUUAAGGAUUUUGAUAUAUAUAUAAACCAAAUUUUUUUUUGCCUCGUCUCUCUCCUAUAUUUAUCGAAAUUCGUGAAACAAAGAAUUCUUAUAUAAAAAGAAGAAUUUAUAACUAAUAUACACGUCUGUAAAAGCAAUGAGUUUCAUAUAUAUAGUUUCACACUCUGAAAGAAAAUCUUAACCUUUCUAUGGUCAUGCCCCUGAACUGUUAAGGGGAAAAAAAAGGCUUCACUAUUAAAGUUGAAUUCCCGAAAUGUCCCCAAUAUCGUUAUCCUCAUAAAGAUGUGAACACCACUUAUCAUCACCCCUGAACGGUAUCUUUGUAAAAAUAGGAACAUCAUGAUGUCCCUUAUCAUUUUUUGUUCCCCACUCCGCAUCGGCGUAGCUAAGGCUUGUACCCCCCCCCCCCCGGGGUGGGAAAUUUUUUUUCCCGGCCCACUUCUAAAAAAAAAAAAAAACUCUUCAAUUUGCCCGAAAAUCCCCGACCCUCUAGAGAUAGAUAAAAAUGCCCAGGGGGGAAAAAGGGGGGGGGGGUUAAAAUAAGGUUUAAUAAACUAUUUCAUUAGUUUUAAAACUAUCUAUUUACCCAUUCCCGAUGUGUAUUAUAUUUGAGAUUUAAAAUAUUACUAUACUUUUAAAAUGCGCCCAUCCAUACUGUGGCGCAAUGUGUGUUGAGUGGGGGAAAAUAUAAAAAUCGCCUAGAAACAAUUUAAUUUUUUUUUUAAAGUUUGAAAUAAAAGCAUCCUAAGGAUGUCAACCCUCCUAGGUAUACAACUGUAUACUUUUUUGCAAGCCUCUAAACUAGAUAAACGUUCUAAUGUCCGACUCCAGUUAUACCACGGCCACUCCAGUUAUACCACGGCCAUAUCUACAUAUUCUAAAAUAAAAAUAAUAAUGUUUCAAUGCUUAUUUUCGUAUGUUUAAAAAUAUAUAUUUAGUUAUUUUUUAAUUGGAGAUAGUGGUAUUAAAUUUGUGAACCCCCGAUCCCAACCCUCCAAAAAAAAAAAAAAUGUAAAAAUCAAUAAGAUAAUAAUUUUUCGCCUCGAAAAUGGUAAGGUACAAAUUUAAAAUUUUAUUUUUAAUUAUCUUUAUACCAAUAUUUGGGUCUGCACUGGUUUUAGUCUUGACCUAUUGCUAUGACGGAAACAAUGUAAUUCAAGUAUCAAAAAAAUAUUUGUAAGAUAUACUGCCCCCCACCCCCUUAGUUUUCAUCGGCCUAGACAUAUAAAAUCAGAAUGUGGUAAAAUGCAGUUAUAAAAUUUUGAUUCUACAAAUUUAACACUGGUUGUAAAUAGAUGAUAGUAAAUAAUUUUAAUCUCCUUUUAUACAGAAAUCUUAAAUCUCCCAGUCAGAUAAAUUCUGAAAAAUAAUUCUCUUUAAUUUUUGUGUAAUUAUAAUUUAAAAUAAUAAUUUUAAUGACACGGGCACACAUUUUCACACUCCACUUUUUGGGGGCAUUUUAUUUUUCGGGCUAUUGAACUGAAAGUAAAGCAUGGACAUAGCUAAUACUUAUACAGUUACAUGUUUUAUAUAAUUUGUAAUCAUUCAUUUUUUUUUAAAAAUCCAAAACACUGUUAAAUUGCCAUAGAUUUAGUGGGCUACGCUACACCAGGUCCCGCCGGGUCCCAGGACCUGGUAAAAUAACUUGGGACCUGGCAAAUGACCUGGUUAAUUUUUAUUAGUUACCAAUAUGGUAUUUAUGCUUAUUAAGCGUAAACUAAAUUACAUGUAAGAGAACUUCCAUUUUAAAUGCCUUUAUAUGUUUAAAUUUUUAUUUUUAAUACAUUUAUUUUUUAUUUUUAAUACAAAUUUUUUAAGACCUGCAAAGGACCCGCCAUGUUGAAUUUGAUAACGUCACCACUGCAUAGAUUGUAGAAUGUAAAAGAAAAUUAAACGCGUUGUAAUAUAUGGGUUUUAGUUGGACUUAAAUGUAACGAAAUUCUUAACAGUCUUAACACCGUCGUAACAUUUUCUUCCUUUAGCGACCAACGGAGUCGACCACUGCGUGGCUGUCAAUGCCUACGAGAG